UUAAGAAGACUUCGCGUGCUCCCAUUCUGCCUUUUGAUCAGCUAAAAAGAUGGACGAACCAAAAACACCACCUUCCACCCCUUCAACUUCAAGUGAUCGUGGCUGUGAGAGUGAGGAAGGAGACCACCCCUGGCCCUACUUAGAGUCUUAUAUGUCUUGUUCUUAUAUGUCGGAGUGAAAGAUAAUUCAUAUAGAAUGAAGUGCUUACUCUGCCGCCCGAAAGGUUGUGAAAUAAUGGCCUUCAAAAAUUCACCGUCGAAUUUGAAGAAACAUAUCAAGAGCAAGCAUGUCUGCCACUUGAGUAGAUACGAGGAACUCACAUCUGCAAAGCGAAAGAAGAAGACUGUAAUUCCCUCCCCUUCCAUCAAGCAGGCCACCUUAAUGGGUAGCUGGAACACAAUGCCUCAGAGAUCCAUCGACAAUGCAAUCAUGAAGUAUGUUGUCCGAGGACUUCAGCCUUUCAACAUUGUAGAGCAAGUAGCUUUCCGCGAUUUUGUGUUAGACCUGGUGCCAAAUAGCAAAAUAAUGACAAGAAUCACACUCACAUCUAUGAUUGAUGAUGCUGCCAAACAGAUGAAGAUCAAGAUUAUUGAGGCCAUGAAAACUGUUGACCACAUCGCGACAACCACUGACUGCUGGUCAGCCAGGCGGCAGGCUCUCACACUUUCGACCCUUCUGGCAAAUGCACUUAAUGAUAUCCAUGCUGAGUAUGACAUUCGGGGGAAGAUAGUCAGAACAACCACGGACAAUGGCUCCAACUUCAUUAAAGCCUUCAAAGUCUUUGGUGAAGAUGGAAAUAACAAUGCUGGUGCUCUAGUUCAUGAGGAAGAGGAGGAGGAAGAAGAAGCAGACAAAGAUGAGGAGGAGGUAGAGUUUGUCGAUGUAUCUUCACUUUUGGAUGAGGAUGAUGGUUUUGAGUUCCAGCUCCCGAAGCACCAGCGUUGUGCAUGCCACAUUCUUAACCUAAUAGCCACUGUCGAUGCCAGCAAGGCAGUGUCCAAUGACGCGUACAAGAAAUUAUACUACUCAACAUUUGGCAAGUGCAAUGCACUUUGGAAUAAGUGUUCAAGAUCCUCAACAGCAGCUGAAACUGUGGAAGAUGCUUGCUCCCUCCAGCUUGUGCGACCAAAUGCAACAAGGUGGAACUCUGUGUUCAUGGCUGUGGAGAGACUGCUCAGGAUAGUGAAAGAAAAGGGAGAGGCAACAAUGAGAGUUUUCUGCACAGAUUUGAAGGUUCCAAUGUUUAAUCCAGCUGAACUUGCAUUCCUGUCAGAGUAUUCUGCUGUCAUGACUCCAGUCGCCCAAGCAACUAACAUUUUGCAAGCUGAAACCAAAGUCUAGAUGGGGUGGCUGCUCCCAGCUGUCAAGCUCCUGGUAAUCAAGCUGAACAGGAUCAAGCUGUCGCUGAAGUACUGCAAGCCGCUUGUGGAUGCCUUGCAGGUGGGCAUUGAGAAUCGCUUUGGCCCUAUGAUGGAAGACCCAGAGCUGGUGGCCGCUGCUAUUCUGCUUCCAAAAUUCAGGACAAAUUGGACACAGGAAGAUGAGACAAUCAAAAUAGGAAUGGACUAUAUCAAACGAAGCAUUGAAGACCCCUCGUUACAGUCCAGUGAGGUCAACAGGUCCAGCUCAUCUGAUGAAGAUGACUUCUUUUCUGGCAUGCAGGGUUCGAAGGCACAAGACAGCGCCAAACAGCUAGAUGCGUACUUGUCAUGUUCAGCAGAUAACAUGGACUUGCUCAAGUCUUUUCCAGCUGUGUGCAAGUUGUCUGUUAAGUUAAACACACCCCUUCCAGCAUCAGCAGCCUGCGAGAGGCUUUUUAGUAUCGCAGGAUUAGUCUUUAGCCCUAGAAGAGCGAGACUGAAUACGUUCAAUUUUGAAAACCAACUACUUUUGAGAAUAAACCAAAGAUUUCUAACUUCCUAAAUACGACUGCUUUAUGCAUACCAGUUUAAGAAGGGAAUAAGCUGUGGAGA